GUCAAUGCCAGCUCCCCAGAGAAGCCCGAGCGGGCAGCGGAAAGGUACAGACCGUAACGUUGGCCUCGGUGCCGUUGACCUUGUGUUCUCUCCCCAGCUCUCUGCGCUUGCCUUCCCAUUAGAGCACUCGUGGCUUCUCCCAGGCAACGCAAACCGGUGGGCUGGACUUGGAGUAAAUUGUUAUUUACUCUCUUUCCGGGACUGGGAGAAGAAAACCCGAGGAUCCCGUGCCUCGGCUCCAUUCCCAGACUUCGCCGCAGCCAUGAGGACUAGCAGCUGGGCUCUCCCUUUGCUCCUCCUGCACCUGAGCUCUUCUCAUGUCCUGGAGUGGACAUACAAAGAAGGAGAUCUGGAUGAAGAGCACUGGGGGAGACACUUUGCGGACUGCCUGGGGAGGCACCAGUCUCCCAUCGAUAUUCAGAAGAGGAACGUCAGAUACACCCCGGACCUGGAAUCGCUGCGACUAGAGGGCUACGGCGGGCCCCUACGAGGACAUUUCACCAUGACCAACAACGGACACUCAGUCCAGAUAAACUUACCUCCCACCAUGCAAAUCACCCAAGGGCUUCCUGGGACCUUCACCGCUGUCCAGUUCCACUUCCAUUGGGGAGGACUAGAUCUGGAGACCAGCGGCUCUGAGCACACCUUGGACGGGAUGCGGUACAUUGCUGAGCUACACAUUGUCCAUUACAACUCAGCCAGCUAUGCAAGCUUCGAAGAGGCAAAGGAUAAACCGAACGGGCUGGCAGUCUUGGCUUUUCUGUAUGUGGGUGGUAAUUUGGAAAAUACCUACUACAGUGAUUUCAUUUCUAACUUGGCAAAGAUCAAGUAUGCAGGGCAGCACAUCGAACUUGGCACCCUCGACGUCCUGUCCAUGUUGCCCGAAAACCUUGCACAUUUCUACAGAUAUAACGGCUCCUUGACGACACCCCCGUGCACCGAGAACGUGAUCUGGACGAUCUUUGACUCACCCAUCACGUUGUCCCACGCGCAGAUCAACCUGUUGGAGAAUGCCCUCCUGGACUGGCAGAACGCCACCCUGCGUAACGAUUACCGCCGCGCACAGCCCCUCAAUGACAGGGUGGUCGCAUCGUCUUUCAAAGCCAAGCCUGCCACAGAACCCUGCCAUCCAGAGACCCUCACUUUGAAACUUGACGAAAUACGAGCCCAGCUCCAGGAAAUGAAGCAGCAUCUUCUGGACGCUCUGAGGAAGCCUGGUGGCAGUCCGGACACGUUCCAGGCAUUUUUCUUCCCCCCAGAAAAUGUGGCGAGCUAUGCUCAGGUCCUCCCCUUGGAGGUCAUGAAGCUGCAUGCCUUCACCCUCUGUUUCUGGGUCCAGAACCUUAACCGAGGCAGCCAAACUGUCCUCUUCUAUUCCACCCUGAGCAAGGACAAAGAACUGGUGGUCACAGUGGGCUUGGAAGUGGGUGUGUGGGUUGGUGGGCAGCAUGUGCAAUUUGCCUUGCGCCACAAGUCCGAAGAUUGGGUCCACCACUGCGUGACGUGGGCUUCCCUCUCUGGGACCGUUCAUUUGUGGAUCAAUGGAGCAGAGGGCACGGCCAAGAACUUCCAAAAGGGCUACGCGAUUCAGAGUGGCGGGACCAUCAUUCUCGGAAAGGAGAAGAAUUCCUUGCUGGAUGUCUUCAUCAAUGGAUUUUCAGGCCGGAUGAGCCACGUGAAUCUUUGGAACCACGUCCUUGAGCACCAUGAUAUCCGGGAACUCUCACUUUGCAGGCACGGUGGGCGGAAGGGGAACGUCAUCGCCUGGGGAAGGACACCGAUGACGUUGUCGGGGGGAGUGACUGUGGAUGUGGACAGCAGCUGUGGUUGAUGUGCAUGUUUUAACAAAGUCACUUCCAUCCAUGCUGGGGAAAGCAUGGAUUGGUACAAAUUAGUAUUCGUUCUUCUUCUUGCUAUGCAGAUUACAGGCGGCUGCUUCUCCCCUGCUAAAAGUGUAUAUAUGUAAUCCCAAAACGAUGUGCCAGAGCUGUGGGUGGCUUUUACCCAGUCUUCUUAUUACAGGGAAAUCUCACCACAAGGUAAGCACUCCCUGUAGUGCUUCUGCGUUUAUUGGCGUGUAGUGGAACGGACGUACACACAACUGGGGGCGGCGGGGGGGAGAGAAAAGAGAAGACACUCUUUCUUCUCCAUUUUGCUGGACGGCAGAAUGGAAAAGACAGAUCGGGAUGGUAGAUCUCCCUCCCCUAGCUGUGCAUGGAAAAUAUGAGGGCAAUGCAAAAUGCAAUUUCCAAAUGUCUUCUCCCUUUUGUAAUGUGUUAAAUGCCAUGAGAUGUUUGUAGCAGGUGAUCGUAGACAACUGUCUAAAAUAAGUAAAAACGUGUGGAUACUUUCAUAACAACACAAUAAUCUAAUAACACCACAAUACAUAUUUGAUGUGUGGUGUGAUUUCUCUGCACAGAAAUGGUUUGUGUGAACUCUCAUUUUCUUUCCUAGAAGAUAGGAAGGAAAAUCAAGGUGAUGGUAGAAUGGAAGAGGACAGACAGAUUGGUCUGGCUAGUGCAAUUCUCCUUCUACUAGCCCUGCAUGGCAAAUAUGGGGACAAUGAGAAAUUGUUCCAAUUCAUCUGGUUAUUUUUACUCUGUAGUACAUAAUCUCUAACUAUUCCAUUUGCCCUUUGCUUAGCCAGUGGCUCUCAUUCAAACCCCAUGUCGCUUUUGGGUGCUGUAAACCCUGGAACUGGUGUAAGCAUUGAUGUUUAAGAGGCAAUGGGGCUUCAGAUCUGGAUGGGUGCAGUUCAUAUCAAAAACUGCCAACUUCUCAAGAUGCUGAUGUGUGUGUGUGUUGGCACCAUUGUUUGUGCGUGCUCGUGAAAUCUGUAAAUGAACCCUGUUGUGCACAUGUGUUUCCUGGUGUACGUUUGCAGUCAUUUCUGGAAGACCGCGGUAUAAACAUGAUCCUGACACAUGUUCUGUAUUUAAAUAGAGGGGCGUGCACACCUCUGAGCUACGAUUGGUUGGCUGUGCUAAACAUUUUGCUCCCUUUAUGAAAGCGAGAGACAACAAGCCUUUCUUUGAAGCCAAAAUAAUUGCAAACCCACAGGGCUUAAAUUAGACCAGCCGUAGCUGGGAAACUGGAGGAAAAGAAUUAAAUCACUGCUGGUUGUGUGGCCCUCAGAGGAUGUGGAGAGCCAGAAAAGUCCAUGGAAAACAAACAUGGUUUGGGGGUUAUAUAUUUAAUAUUAUUUUACACUCUUGUUCAGAGAGUUGGCACAGCCAUGUUAUCAAAAUAAAGCCUGGGCCAAAUUCAA